AUGAAGGAAGUUCAGGUGGAGAAGUUCAGUGAUGUUUGUUCCCAUGCAUGGACAACUAGUCCAAAGAGGUUUCUUUAUAGGAAACGGGGGCUAGGGAUAUCUUUGUGCCUAACCGGAGCAGGGGAAGGGAGAGUCGGUCGGCUCAAACCUGCUGAAUCCGUAGCUCGGGGAUUCGAAGAAUGUCGGGGCCCGAUGCCUUGCCGUGAGAAAAUGGCUCUAAUGAAACUAACUGUAUUUCAGCUCGCGAUAAGGAAGAAAGGGAAUAAAAAGAAUCCACAGCUAAGAUACCGAGGCUUGCCAAUGACCGAUUCCUCAAAGGGGCCUUCUCGUGACCAAUUGGGAUUCCCCACUUCAGUCCGCUACCCCAUUAUGUACUUUCUAUGGGAGCCGUUUUUGCUUUAUUUGCAGGAUUUCACUAUUGGUGUUGCUAAGGUGUUAGGUUCAGCAAUAAUGAUAUCUCCCAACAUAGCAACACUAGCCGUCACCCCACCAGUUGUAGGAGAUGGAGGAAUCACACAUCAAGAUUUUGCUGGUCAUAAGGGCACAAUACAUGCCGGUGAAGUGCAGUGGAUGACCGCUGGCAGGGGCAUCGUUCAUUCGGAAAUGCCGGCUGGUGAAGGUACCAACACUGGUCUGCAGUUAUGGAUCAAUCUCUCAGCCAAGGAUAAAAUGAUUGAACCGAGAUAUCAGGAAUUGGUGGCGAAUGACAUCCCAAAGGCCGAGAAAGAUGGUGUGGAGGUUAAAGUCAUAGCAGGAGAAGCAAUGGGUGUCCACUCUCCGGUUUACACGCGGACCCCAACUAUGUUCCUCGAUUUCACUCUAAAACCGAAUUCUCAGUAUCACCAAAGCAUUCCGGGAUCUUGGAAUGCCUUUGUGUACAUCAUCGAAGGUGAAGGCGUGUUUGGCGUCCCGAAUUUUCCCCAAACAGAAGCUCACCACAUCUUGGUUUUGGGCCCUGGAGAGGGCCUAAGUGUGUGGAACAAAUCGUCAUCUGCCAAAUUGAGGUUCAUUUUGGUGGGUGGGCUGCCGCUGAACGAGCCCGUUGUGCAGCACGGGCCUUUUGUGAUGAACUCUCAGCACGAGAUUGAGAAAACUAUUGAAGAUUAUUAUUAUGGCAGGAAUGGGUUCGAGAUGGCAAGGCACUGGAGAUCUAAUUGAGCCUGCUGAAAAUCUCCAUAUCCUGAUUCUAGAUGAUUUAAUACAAGUUAUGUGUUGCUGAAUGAGAUUUUUUUUUUUUUUUUU